AUGAAGCGUGAACACACUGACGAUGACAGGUUCGGCGGCUCGCGUAACUCCAAGCGUCAAAGAGCCGAUGGCUUUUCGGAAGCACUGGCUCAGGGUAAAUUUGAACUUCGUAUUCUUGUGAGCAGUAAAUGUGCAGGAGCUAUCAUUGGUAAAGGCGGUGAGAACAUCAAACGUCUACGCACCCAGUUCGAAGGCCAGAUCUCAGUUCCCGAUUCCAACUCUCCCGAACGUGUGUUGACAAUGGUGUGCGCAGCCUCAACAAUUGUUCGUAUCAUCGAGGACAUAUUGCCACGUAUCGAGGAUGUUAAUUCACAGCAAAUCUGUAUCUUCACAAUCCGACUGUUGGUGCAUCAGUCGCACGCUGGCGCCCUUAUUGGCCGACAAGGAUUGAAGAUCAAGGAGUUGCGCGACAGGACCAAUGCCAGAAUCAAGGUGUUCCAACAGUGCUGUCCUCAGUCUACGGACCGUAUUGCCAUGAUCUCAGGUGAUGAACGUAAUGUCGUCGAUGCCGUGGAGAAGAUUGUUGAGGAACUUAAGCAGAUUCCUAUCAAGGGACCUGUGAAUCCAUACACUUCUUUCAACUACGAUCCUGUACUUGCGCCUGAUUACGGUGGUUUUUCGCCAUCUUAUCCAGGAGGCGGACGUGGCGGCCCUCCACUAAGCCCCUUCGGUAGUGUAAGGCCUGAUCGAUCAGUAGGCCAUGCCGUUUAUUUUUUUCACAUCCAGGAUCUCGCGGUCGGCCUGGAAUGGGUGGUCCAAUGCCAUUACGAGGCGGUGGUCUUGGUGGACCUGACAUGCGUGACGAUACCUUCGGAUCUUGGAGGCACGAUCAUCGGACGUGGUGGCGACCGGAUCAAUAGAAUUCGCGACGAGUCUGGAGCCCAGAUUACACUGGAGCCGUCGACUGGCCAGGAAGAGCGCGUGAUCACCAUUACAGGCACUCAAGCACAGAUUCAUGCCGCUCAGUAUCUUCUGCAGCAGUGGUCAGUGACACAGGCUUUGUCUUAG